AUGUCAGAUCAUAACAACGUCUUCAGCGGCCCCCGAUCGGUUGCCGACUACUUCGACCCCGACAAAACCCCCCCUCUGCCUUUGGUUGAGAUUCCGGAUCGCUUAAACCCCUUUAGAGAAGAUGGUGUGAGAAUAUACGCAAAGAUGCUUACCUGUCUGCCGGCCCAAAAUGUCAAGUCUCUGCCCGCCCUCAAGAUGUUGCGCAACGAGUCCGAUGCUCACAGCAAAAAGAUCGUUGAAGCAAGCUCAGGUUCCACGGUUCUGUCACUCGGCAUUAUCGCCCGGGUUCUCUGGGGCAAUGAAGACGUUGAUGCCUAUGUGACAAAUAAGAAGUCCCCAGAGUCGUUGAACCUGCUUCGAUUCUUCGGUAUCCGACCGUGUCUUUACGGUGGUCUCGCUCAACAGGAACCCACAGAUCCUACAGGCAUCAUGUGCAGACUGCGGCGGAGAGCUGCUCAGAGUGAGGAAGUAGUGUACCCUGGGCAGUACGACAAUCCAAAUCUCACGAGGAAUGGACUGGGCCUCAAGUAUUUCAUCAGCUUCCCCAGAUCAACGUCUUUUGCUCGACGGUUGGCACUGGAGGUGUGA